AGCAACUCGCCUGGCUGGUGGGGGUGCUGGAAGCAACUCGCUUGGCUGGUGGGGGUGCUGGGAGCAACUCGCCUGGCUGGUGGGGGUGCUGGGAGCAACUCACCUGGCUGGUGGGGGUGCUGGGAGCAACUCGUCUGGGUGGUGGGGGUGCUGGGAGCAGAGGAGCCUGGCUGGUGGGGGUGCUGAGAGCAACUCGCCUGGCUGGUGGGGGUGCUGGGAGCAACUCGCCUGGCUGGUGGGGGUGCUGGGAGCAACUCGCCUGGCUGGUGGGGGUGCUGGGAGCAACUCGCCUGGCUAG